GGGUUGUUUAAAAGGGGCCUUAAAGCCAAACAUUCGGCCAAAGCAAAUAAAGAAAAGAACCCUAAAGUUCUUGCGCCUCUCAGCCACCAUUUCCUUUUCACAAAUGAUGAAUGGCGAUCCGAGGGUGUCCCUUUGCCUUCUCAUUUCAAUCCUAGCACCAUGGUCUGUUAAUUUCAGCCUCGAAACCUCCUCAAACUUCGAUGCCGGCGAAGACGAGGGAUUUCGGUGGCUUUUACACGAAGGUACGGGAGUGUGUGCUGGCGUACGGGGUGCGGGCGUGGCGCCAGGAGGAGUGUACGGAGCGAUGCGCUGGGGUACGGAGGCCAGGGGUUGCUGCAGCGCAAGGAAUGGGGAUGACUUAGGGUUUCUGAAACCUGUUAAGGAGAUGGGCUUAUUGGGCCUGUUCUUGUAGUUGGGCUAUCGUAGUAAUUUUGGACUGUUAAUAAUAUUUAUUGGGCUUUGAUUUUUUGUUAUUUUUGUUGUUUUUGUGUUGUAACGGGCCGGGCAAAUUUGGCCUACUACAAUACGAAUAAAAAUGUGUACAAAUGACAAAAAUAUUAAUGUUGUGAUUAAUUAUCCUUAGUUGCUCAUUUUUGAAA